CACAUACGUGCGCCUGCUGUUGGGAAGAACCUCCCAGCGAUGCACGCGGCUUGGACGGUCGUAGCAUUUGGAAAAUUAACUCCACGCUUGUCAUUUUUACUUUGCGUUGAAACCACAAGACAUUUGGUGAACAAAACGAUAUAUGUUCAGUACAGUUCUUUAUCUUUUAAUUUCCGUAAAAGAGCUCUUUCUAGUCGUAGUAGCCUCACACUUUGGCCAAUUUUUACACAAGAGAACGUCACAAUUCGUUGUGAGUCUCCCAUGGAACUGGAAGCUACCACUCCGGUGGAAGAAAGCAGCCCGGUGUCAGCUGAGGGAACCGCUGUGGAAGAGGCUAAAGUAACCGGCAAACGGAAAAGCGACGAGGUGAGCGGCAGGGGAAAAAAGCGCAGAGGAGACCGAGGAAAGAAGCUCCGUCCCGGGGAGAGAUAUGUGCCUCCUCCGCAGAAGCGUAACCCUGGUGUCAGUUUCAGCCAGGAACAUUUCGACGAGACCUCGUACUACUUCGAGGACGGCCUGCGGAAAGUACACCCGUAUUACUUUGACUUUAAGACCUACUGUAAAGGUCGCUGGAUAGGGAAGACCCUUUUGGAAGUGUUUCAGAGUGAGUUCCGAGCAGAGUCCAUUGAAUACUACCAGAAGGCUGUCAAAGAGGGUCGCAUCCGCUUGAAUGAGACCCCCGUGGAAGACCUGUCAGUGGUACUCAAGAACAAUGACCACAUGGAGAAUACAGUCCAUCGUCACGAGCCCCCUGUCGUAGGCAAGCCUCUGGAGGUCCUGGUGGACGAUGGAAAAGUCCUUGUGGUUGACAAGCCCGCUUCCAUCCCCGUCCACCCUUGUGGCCGUUUCCGACACAACACGGUGAUUUUCAUCCUGGGCAAAGAGCGAGGGAUCUCGGAGCUGCACACGGUCCACAGACUGGACCGGCUCACCUCGGGAGUGCUGCUCUUUGCCAGGACUUUGGAGAUCUCGAAGAAACUGGACCAGCUGGUGAGAGACAGACAGCUUGAAAAGGAAUAUGUGUGCCGAGUGGAAGGUGAGUUUCCAGAGGGUGAGUUGGUCUGCGAGGAGCCCAUCCUGGUUGUGUCCUUUAAAAUUGGGCUCUGCCGUGUGGACCCGAAGGGAAAGGACUGUCGGACGGUGUUCCAAAGACUGAGUUUUAAUGGCAAGACAAGCGUGGUGCGUUGUUUGCCCCUGACUGGCCGCACUCAUCAAAUCAGGGUGCACCUCCAGUACCUGGGAUUCCCCAUCCUCAAUGAUCCCAUCUACGGUGCCUCCGCUUGGGGUCCUCACAGGGGAAAAGGGGGGUUGGUGGGAAAGAGUGAUCAGGAGCUCUUCAAAGCUCUGGUUGAGGAACAUCAGGGCCAAGAGGUCCUCCACCUGCUGGAUGGAACUGACAAUGGCAGCAUGUUGUCUCAAGAGGGACAGAAGGAUAAUAAUCUGGGAGAUGGUUCACGUGAAGCUGAGAGGAGUGGAGAAACUCACCAGUCACAGUCUGGUAAAAUAAUACCGCAGGCCAAUGUGAAGGAGGCGGCAUGUGCUUCAGAUGUUGUCAGUGACAACAUCUUUCUUAAAGAAUCUCAGGACCCUCUUCCAGAUACAUUACAUGAAGAUCAAAUGCAGACAAGAACAGACCCCCUGUGUAGUGAGUGCAAGCUAGUACGAGCUGACCCCACCGAAAAAGAACUCAUCAUGUACUUACACGCUUUGCGCUACAAAGGACCCGACUUUGAAUAUUCUACACGGUUACCUGACUGGGCCAAAGAUGACUGGUUGGAAGUGGACUGAUCCAAGAACUCCACUGAAAGAGUCAUUGCUUUCCACAUGAGAUGAAUUUUGCCGUGAUUUUCAUGGGGGGUUGACUGGAAAAAUAUUCCAAAAUAUGCAUUUGUUUUAUUGCCUUCUGUUCUUACAAGAAUUAGCGUUCCCAUCUGGUACCAACCACAUUUGUUGGCCAUGCUACAAAUCACAUGCAUCCAAUGAAAAAGAUGGCAUAGGAUGAAGAAAGGACAUUACAAUUUUAUUUUUAUUUUGUACUGGUAUGUGAAAAUGAUUGGCCACUUAUGAUUGGGCCUUAGAGUUUCAUUUUUCUGCUACAUUUUCAUAAUGACAGGGCAAUUCUGAUGAGGACACCAAGGACACUUUAUAGUGACAAUGACCAAGUUUCAGCUCCAGAAAUGUUUCAGCCAACCUGUAUGGAGUGUUUCUGAUCGUGAAUGUUCAAGGAAUAUUUUCCCAUGAUGAAUAAAUCCAGUUACUUAAAA